AUGGCUAUGGUUCGUAUCCGGUCACAGUAUCGCUAUGGUUCGUACUUGUUCAUAGUAUGGCUAUGGAUCGUACUCGGUCGCUAUGGUCCAUACUCGGUCACAGUAUGGCUAUGGUUUGUACUCUGUAACAGUAUCGCUGUGGUCCGUACUCGGUCACAGUAUGGCUGUGGUCCGUACUCGGUCAUAGUUUGGCUAUGGUAUGUAUUCUGUAACAGUAUGGCCAUGGUUCGUACUUGGUCACAACAUCGCUAUCGUUCAUACUCAGUCACAGUAUGGCUAUGGUCCGUACCCGGUCACAGCAUGGCUAUGGUUAGUACUUGGUCACAGUAUCGCUAUGGUUCGUACUUGGUCACAGUAUGGCUAUGGUUUGUACUUGGUCACAGUAUGGCUAGGGUUAGUACUCGGUCACAGUAUGGCUAUAGUUUAUACAAUGUAACAGUAUCGCUAUGGUCCGUACUCAGUCAUAGUAUAGGUAUGGUUCAUACACGGUCACAGUAUGGCUAUUGUUCAGUAUGGCUAUUGUUCGUACUCGGUCACAGUCAGAGUAUGGCUUUGGUUCAUACUCAGUCACAGUAUGGCUAUAGUCCAUAUUCUGUAACAGUAUCGCUAUGGUCCAUACUCGGUCACAGUAUGGCUAUGGUUUGUACUCGGUCAUAG